UCGGUAGCUGUCUCGGCGCAGCCAAUCCAGUGAAGAGCUCGCAUGUUUGUUUUCGCCAGUUUUCGCAGCUCUUUGCUGGUGGCUUUUGCAGAUUGUGGAGUUUGGUCGUGUGCAUACGAAGUGCCGUGCGAAGAGUGUUGGUGCCUGUAUUGCACUUUGUUCGGCCCAGCGCAGUUGGCUAUUCGUAUGAAUCAGAUGCUGUGGUGAGAUGGGGGACAGCCAUUGCCCGGACAUCGGGGGUCUGCCUGCACCCCUGGGCCGCCCUUGUAGUCCUGCCGAGGAGACCACCGAGCCGGCUACCUACGGUGAACUCAACCACGUGGGCUGGCUCGCCGAGCACAUUGGCCGCCUCUGCCUGCAGCCCGAGUACAGCGACGUCACCCUGGUUGUGGAGGAUGUCCGGCUGCCCGCGCACCGGCUUGUGCUGGCUUCCUGCAGCAGUUACUUCCGGGCGCUGCUCUAUGGUGGCAUGCGAGAAUCGAAGGAGCAGGAGGUGACGCUACAAGACACACCCCUGCGAGCCUUCCAGCUGCUUCUGCGCUACAUCUACACGGGCCAGCUCAGACUGGCUGGACUGCAGGAGUGCGUGGUGCUGGAGGUGCUAGAGCUGGCGCACCAGUACGGCUUCCUGGAGCUGGAGUCUGGGGUUUCGGCAUACCUGGAACGGGUGCUGGGUGUGCGCAACGUGUGCCGCAUCUACGACCGUGCCUGCCUCUACCAGCUCGCACCCCUGGCACGAGCCUGCCGACGCUUUGCCGACCGCCAUGCGCCUGCCAUCCUGCUGAGCGACUCGUUCCGCCAACUCUCGCCGUCGGUACUGGAGGAGAUGAUUGGGCGCGACUCCUUCUUUGCACCCGAGGUGGACAUCUUCCAGGCGGUCUGUGCCUGGGCCAGUCACAACCCCACUGUAAAUCCUCGAAACAUCCUGGACAAGGUUCGUCUGCCACUGCUGACGGUGCAGGAGCUUCUGAAUGUGGUGCGCCCCACGGGGCUUGUGUGCCCCAACACCCUGCUGGACGCGAUAAAGCUGCGCACCGAGACACGGGACGCUGACCGCCCUUACCGAGGAUGCUUGCUGCCUGGUGAGAAUGUGGCGACCCAGCUGCACGGAGCCCAGGUACUACAGGGGGAGAUGCGCUCUGCACUUCUGGAUGGGGACACCCAGACAUACGACAUGGAACGGGGCUUCACACGGCACCCCAUCGAUGGACAGCAGGGAAUCCUGGUCCGCCUGGGGGCCCCCUGCAUCCUCAACCACCUGCGGCUGCUGCUCUGGGACAAGGACAACCGGGCAUACUCUUACUACAUUGAGGUGUCGGUGGACCAGCAGGACUGGGUGCGCGUGGUGGACCACUCUCACUUCCUGUGCCGCUCCUGGCAGAGGCUGUACUUCAAGCCCCGAGUCGUCCAGUACAUCCACAUUGUGGGCACACACAACACGGUGAACCGAGUCUUCCAUGCUGUGUCCCUGGAAUGCAAACACGUUGCCUUGGAAACUGGCGAGGAGGAGGAGCCCUUCCCUGACCUGGAGGAGGGCCUGGUGGUGCCCCAUGAAAAUGUGGCCACCGUGGCACGCUCGGCGUACGUGGUGGAAGGGGUGAGCCGCAGCCGCAACGCGCUUAUCAAUGGCGACACCUCCAAGUACGACUGGGACUCUGGCUACACCUGCCACCAGUUGGGCAACGGUGCCAUUGUGGUGCAGCUGGCACAGCCGUACCGCGUCGACUCCAUGCGGCUCCUGCUGUGGGACUGUGAUUCACGCCAAUACAGCUAUUACGUCGAGGUGUCCGUCGAUCAGCAGAACUGGAACAUGGUGGCCGACAAGCGCAAUGAGCUUUGCAGGUCAUGGCAACUUCUGCGCUUCCCUCGACAACCUGUGGUGUUUAUCCGUAUUGUGGGCACCCACAACACAGCAAAUGAGGUUUUCCACUGCGUCCACUUUGAGUGCCCAGCCCAGUGCAUGGAGACACCUGGUGCCGCAGCAGCAGCUCCGAAGCACUGUAGUGGCACAAGUGAGCGGCGCAGUUCAUCAUCAUCGAGUCAUGACAGCGACGUCUCACAGCAGAAACUACUUCAGCAUCCAUGAAUAGGGAGGGACAGACACAGUGACUGUUUUGGUGAAACAUUGCUUAGCGUAAAAUGUGCGUACGUACUGAGAAAAUGUGGUCAGGACAGGCACUGUUUCCUUUGACAGUAGCUGUAGAAGCCUGCGAAAUGGCCAUGCAGUUGGCAUGCGCAUUCCAAGCAGUGUAUAUCGAAUAAUGCCAUAUCAAGCGCAGUUUUUCACUACAGUAGAACCCUAGAAAAUUCUCUUUGGGUUUAAAUAAACAAAUAUGUGUAUAAUUGAUACGGAUGGUUUCUAUUUUUUGUGAUUGCUGUGCUGCGAGUCAUCCUCAUGCUAUUGUAGCCCCACUUAUAUUGAGAAUAUUUAUUGCAUUGUUUUGUGGCUCACACUCACAUGCACAGGUUAAUCGCUCCUCCGUUGUUUUUGGGACAGAUGUGAACAGUGAUUAUCUUGUGAACAGUGAUUAUCCUGCCCACCUUUUCUCCGUGCACACAUGUGCUGUCUGCCCUCGCCACCGUUUCCUGAAUAUUAACAGACUGUGUCAAUGACGUCUUUAGGCGCAUCUUGUUCCCCUCUAACCAUCGUUCUCGGUGGCCCCGUGGCUCGCUUCUCAAGGGGUCUUGUGACAGCUAUGGGGCUCUGUUGCCACCUUGACAUGUGCCCUGCUUUCCAUUUAUCUGUCGCACAUUUCUUUAUUAUUAGGACUUGAUUUAUUAAUGAAAAAAAAUUCAUCUUUGCAGGCUGACAUUUCUCUUUCAAUAACCUGUCACACCUUUCGCAUUUCCAGUGAAAUCGCUUCAAUUGUUUUGUUCUGCCAAAGUUUCACUGGAAUAGUUUGUACUCGAAUGGCACAAGAAUGAAUAUGAACACAGUGCAGCAUUGUGUAAGUGUGAUCACUUUGGAGUGAGUGAACUACGUUUCUCACACAGUGUGUGUCAAAGCUAGUGCUAGUGACUAACACUCACUCGGGUAGUAGUUGCGGGAACUUGACCAUGAGUAUUGGUCACAAAUCUAGUAUGUCACGUGGUGACCAGGAAGCUCAUUAAAUGGGCAUCAUAGUGACGCUGUGGACACAGCCUUUAAGCACCUUUGCUUAGGCUCUUACAUGACAGUGAUAUUAUUGUGUAUUAUUGGUAAUAUCACAGUAGCAUCAGUGAUAUCACAUUCAUGUCACAGUGGGCGAAAAAAAAAAAGGAAUGACACUCUAGUGAAGAUAGCGACGACAAGUGAUUGUCACAUCAAUCUCUUCCAAUGCGUCUAUUUGUUCGCAUGUGCUGUAUUUGCCCUCGCAAGGCUCACACUUGUAUUAUUUUUCAAAAAUCUCAGCAGGGUGGGGCUUUUGGGCGAUACGGUCAUUUGACAGCUCACUAAAACCAUGAUCAACAGUGCAAAUGAGGUACAGAAUAAUGCAAACAUUGGCUUGGCAUUUGCACUGACACUUAUUCACGUUUCAGCACUGCUGACCAACUUCCCCUUCAUUCUUUGUUGCUCUCAAUGCUGCUCCUAUCAUCACCAAAGCUUAGCUACUCCAUCACUCUCAUGUCACCUUGACAUUAUUGGUAUCACGGUCAUCAUGUCCCUCCCAAAGAUACUUGCCCUCAAUGCAGUUCAUACUUAGCGUUAGAUAUUCCUCUGCAACAUCAAAACCUUUAGCAGUUGUAUCAACUGAUACCGAAUGCCAAGCGUUCAGAGUCUAAUCUUUUCUGGAACUUUCCUUUUUUUGCUUCAAAAUUUGAAGCUUGAAAAUAUGUCAUGGGGGGGGGGGGAAGCAGGUCUCGCAGGAGGACGUGUCUUAUGGUGCAUACACACUAGCGAAAAAACAUACGCGGCCACAGGCAAGACACACAUCACGAAAGCUGCCUCGCGGCAGCUUUUUCCUGCCGCAGGAGGGAUCGGUCCUGGACAGAUUUUUCACGGCAUUCAGUGGUGGCAAGUGAGCUUCGAAUGCCGGAGACCAAUGAAAGUGGCCCCUUCAAUGACGGCGCCGGCAAAACUGGUGUCAUGCAGACUUGCCCAACCGCUCAACUCGUACUCAUAUCUGGUGCCAGCCGGACCGCUUGUUUCGUACUGUCUGCUCACGUCAGCUCUCACUCACACUUGUUUUGAUUGUCAUGGCUUGAAAUUGUUUUUUACAAUGAUGGGUCUAAACCGAAACCAAGACAUCCCGAAGGAAAAGUUUUUGGAUACAGUGCGCCAUAUCUAAUUCUGUACAAGACAGACCCUGAGUACAAGGAGGCGAUGCCCAGAACCUCAUUCUCCCUGUCUUUUGAAUGUUGCAACGCAUGAACAACAGGGAGUGCACCAGCAUGAUUAUGAUUAGUGGCAACAACAUCGUUAUCUUCAACAUAACUCACGUAAAGGACGAAGAAUGUAAACACAGCACUGAUCUGUCAGAUCUGGAUUCGACGCUGAUUUGGCAACGAAGGAAAAAGCACACGACAUUUCGUACAUACAUGCAGAGUUAAAGAGAUGAGGCGAGAUUUUCAUACUAUCACGUGACUGCCAGUUAAUGUGGCUGCUCUGCUGCAGCUGCGUUUUGCUGGCGGCAGCGCAGCGUGCGCGUUUUUUCGCUAGUGUGUAUGCGCCUUUCCACGAGUAAACAUGAUACCACUCGGUUGAGAUUCAUGACAGUCUCAGUGUGUCAUCAGUGCAUGCACUCAACUGAGAAAAGGCUGGGUCAGACACAGCCUUGGAAGAACAAAGACAUGUUGUGCACGAAAUGAGAACCACCAGGGUCACAUUGGCUAGGCAGUAGUUGUACUCUGGUGGUGCCUGAAGUGUUCAACGCAAAUGACAAUAGGGAAAGUUUGCCAUUUGGCUAUUUGGUGCAGCAAAUUAAAGUUUCCAUGCAAAAAACAACGAAAGAACCAGAUUGGAGCAAAUACAGAAAAGGUGACACUGGGCUAGUUAGUAUUGCAUCACGUAGUAGAAAACAGCAUUAGAAACAAGCAUUCAGACACAGAAGUGUUGGUUAUCAACUAGUAGUGUGUUUGAGAAACGAAUAUGUACAAUAAAAUGACUGGAAGCAAGGAAGAUGGAAGAUAGCCGGUAUCACAAAAAGAACAAAAACGCAUUAAGGCUGUGAGUUUAUCAGGCACCAGAUAUAAGGCAAGAGCUACGGCCUGCUGGCAACUAAUGCACACUGCAUAUAUCGUGAGCAAACUGAAGGUACUUGUAAUCAAAUGCAAAAAAGUAAGAAUAAAAACAACACAUGUAAACAAGUAAUAAAUCAAAGGGGAACAAAAAUAAAGGUAAAAAUGACAAUGGUGAAAAAGAGCAUGGUGGGUGACAUUGUACAUCAAUGUGUCAGAGAAGAUGAGAAAAGUAUACCAAGACAGAAAAAAGAUGCUCAUGUUAAUGCACCACUGGCAUGUUCUAAUUGCUAAGGCAUAUAAUUGUAUAUAUUUUCAUUCACUGAAUAAGCCGCCAGUUAAUAGCUUGUGUUGCAUGUGUCUGACUGCUCGUUUCUUAUGCCGUUUUCCCACUACAAUAUGCACUAACGCAAGACACCAAGCACCACCACAAACUGUACUUGCUGUCCUGUGUUUGUGCACUUGCUGCAGUCUGCUGUUUUUGCGCAUGAACUUUAGUACGGCUAAAAUGAACACUUGCAGUAUGAAAGGUACGUAAUGUCGAGGCAUACCACUCUGUCCAGUGGAGUUUGGAGUUUCUCAAUUCAUUUCCGCUGUGUAACAGAGCAUGGAGUUAGGGCCAUAAGCUCCAAGCAUGAAAAAAGCUAGGCCAUGUGAGCAGGUGCGACACCCAGGGCACUAUGGCAGUCAAGCUGUAAAAAGUCACAUCAUCGUCACGUGACUGUUUGAUACACUACACCAGCUAAACUGCAGCAGCUCGUUGUGGGGUUUAGUGCAUAAGCACUUUGUAAACCUCUUUGUGUCACUGUAGCAUAAAUUUAGCGUAAUGUCUUUUGUUGGGGUCUACCAUGAUGACAGUUUAGAACCUCAAAGGAGUGCCAGCAUGUAAUUUUUGUCUUGUCAUUGCUUCUUUUUUGUUAAUUGAAGGUCCAAACCCAUUAAACCCGAGAAAAAUAUUGACAAGCGCUGGAGCAUUGUAAAUAAUUUACUACAAUGCUUGCUUCUACAAACCAGUUUCAGUUUGGAUACCCAGAAAGUGGACUCCUUGUGAAACAUUGGGCUAGUCUAUUAAUGCGGUCAUUGUGUCUGCAUACCUGCCAACUUUUUCGAUUUUAUUGUAAAAUGCCCGAUUUCUAGAGGUAGGUAUCGAUUGUCGUAUUGACACCAGUAAUUUUACAAUUUUUUUAUUCGCAUCCUAUUUAGGGCAAAACUGAUUAACACGAUGCAAAUAUAAUCAUAAGUGAUUUUUCAGGCACAACUUCCUGGACACACUCAAUUAUGCGGACCUAUUAGCAGUGUCACCACCAACGAAAUGACAGAUCGAAUAUUUUGCCGCCAUUACAGUCUUUCAUGAGUAAAUAUCAUGACACAAAUAAGUUUUGCUGCAAAUAGAGCUGCGUACCUUUUUAUAGCGUCCUUACAGAAAAAGGUCAGGCAAUCUUAAUAAACAGCGUAUGCCUUGUGUAGAAAAAAAAUAGUUUUUACUGUGCACCAAAUGUUAGCAUAUUUUUACUUUGGCGGUACUAAUUUUGACAUCUUAUCAUUCGUAGGACUGUGGCUGCCACAGGCGAAUUCAUCUGAAAGACAGGCGCAACAGUUUUGUUAAUUUUUUCAUGAGCAGUGCUUUCAUAUUGCUACAAAACGUCAGCAAAUUUUGCUGUGUCACGAACGAGAAGAAUGGAGAUCCGAGGGGCUCGAUUUUUCAUUAUUCACAAAGUUAUAAAAAAGAGAAUGAAACCAAAGAAAGCAUAAUGUAAAUUGAUUGUUAUGUUUUAAUUUAAAUCUAGAAAUAUAAUAAGGUAAAGGGAAAUAAAACUGAACGAAAAGAUAACUUGCCGUACCGGAGAGCCACACCCACAUGCUCGGCAUUGCCGCUUGAGCCACCAUGGCGACCACUCUCCCGUCCACUUUCGUUGGCCUUUGUGUGCAAGACUGGCCCUGGAAAUUUUAGCCAGUGCCACUCACGGCCAAGGUGGCAGACGUGGAUCGUCCGUUUUAGCCGCAGGUGCCCGGUCGUGCAGGCAAACAGGCCUCGAUAAUUUCAAUGACACUCGGGCGGCAUUUCAAGAACUCGGUGUCAGAUUAAAAUAUCUUGUUCCCACUUUCACACUUACCAAAUCUAUUGUGUGUGUAAAUGUGAAUAAUCUUUUUCACUUUGUUAUUGUGUCUGCAGCGUUUUACAAAUUUUCAAGUUCGCAGGUUGGCAGGUAUGGAAAAGAACUGUGUAGUAAGUUAUAUUGGGUGCAGUGAGGCUUGGCAAAAUUUUUUUUAGGGUUUCGUGGUAACGGGUUUCGAUUUCACACAAAAAAGGUAGAAAAUUUUGUGUUGUUACUCCUUUAAGCUCUGCAUGACUCGGAAGUAAUGUCACUGAGUUUAGACAGAGAGCUGGAGUGCUCGAGAGGCUACCUCGGCUCACUUCCGAUCUCUUAAAUGCUUUGAAUAGUUUUUGUGGGUGCCCUUGGCAAAUGCUGUGGCUUUUGCAGCAGUCAUGUCGAUUCCUGACGUACUGGUUAUGAAGUAAAGUUGCUGUUAUCUUAGUAAAAGCCACUUCUUGAGCCAACUCGUUCUUUCUCUCUUUUUCUUGCAUUUUUUCUUUCGUAGGCAUGUUCUUAAAUUGAAACUAUGUUAAAUAUACAUUGACUUUUUUAUUAGGAAAGUAACAAUUCACUCUGCAUUCUGCACCAUGGGAACUUGUAACCUUAUAAAUACACCUUGUUUCUUUUUUAGGUCGCUUACAGGGCAUCUUCUUUUUUAGUUUACUUGCAAUGCCACCCACAGAUUUUUCUGGUGACAGAUGUGGCCUUGAAUUGCGUUAGUGGGCAUUCCUUUUGCUAGUGAACUUCUCUGCCAAGGUACUUUAUUUAGGAACAUAUUUUGUUAGCCUAUUCUGUCGCCUUUUCACAGAUACCAGGAAAUAGUUUCGAUGUAUGGCUGGGCAAUGUAAUUAUUUUUACAGAGUGCUUUGGAUACAAAGGGCGAAUUUUCAGAGUCAAUGAGCCACAGAACAAUUGCUCCUGUACCGCAAACAAGUCUGUCUAUGGAGUGAAAUAAGACACAUGUCAGGGUUCAAGACAUCCCAGCCAACAGUUGUUGCUCUGACUGAUGUAACCAUGAUGCUUGAAAUGUGUUGAAUAUGCUGUGCAUGAAUAACUGAAGGAACACCUCUUCAAACGAGUGACGCGUCUAUGCAAGCAUAGGCAAUGUAAAUCUGACCAUAAGGAUUGUAAGUGACUAAUUGAAGUGUCAUGUAAUUAUAUAUCAUUCAACGGUUGGGCCAUGUGCUAGAGAAGAGUUGUCCUAGGAUGAUUGUGAAAAGGGUCUUGUGGAUCGUAAUCACUAUGUUGUACGUGGGUAUACAAUAUUACUGAUGAUACUUGUCUGUGUGAAAAAAAUGUUUGAUAAUAAAUUGUUUAAUUCACCAUUUUAUAA